AUGCGGUCACUAUUGCGCCUCGGCGCAAUCGCUUCCCUCGCCGCAACUUCUCUGGCAACGUACACCAUCCAGGACACGUACGACACCAGCAGCUUCUUCGACGGCUUUGAUUUCUACAGCAACGCGGAUCCCACCAAUGGCUUCGUCAAGUACCACACUGCUUCCCAGGCCAACUCAUCCUCCCUGGCUGGCUAUGCCAAUGGCGGCAUCUACCUCGGAUCGGACCACAAGACAGUGAACCCCAAGUCUCCCGGCCGUGGCUCUACACGCAUCAACUCCAAGAAGACCUACACGCAGGGCCUCUUCAUUGCCGACAUUGCCCACAUGCCGACCUCUUCCAAGAAGGGCUGCGGACUCUGGCCGGCCUUCUGGAUGUUUGGCGAGGAGGGUGGCUGGCCGAACUCGGGCGAGAUUGAUGUUAUUGAAGGAGUUAACUCUGCCGACUCGACCACCAUGACGCUUCACACCUCCUCGGGCUGCACCGUUUCCCAAGGAAACUGCAAUGCCGGUAACGGCAGCACAGGCUGUUCUCAGGCGGUCAACGACACGGAGAGCUUUGGAGCUGGUUUCAAUUCCAUUGGAGGUGGUGUUUACGCUGUCGAGUGGACCAGUGACGCCAUUUCAAUCUGGUUCUUCCCACGCUCCUCGAUCCCGUCCAACAUUGGAUCUGGUAAGCCUGACCCGACCUCUUGGAGCACUGCGACCGCCACCUUUUCUGGUUCUGGUUGCGACAUCGACAGCCAUUUCAAGGAGCACACCAUUGUCUUCAACAUUGACUUUUGUGGCGACUGGGCCGGCGAUGUCUGGGCCGAGGAUGCGACCUGCUCCGCCCUGGCAGAUACUUGUCAAGACUACGUGUCCGCCAAUCCGGGUGACUUUAAGGAAGCAUACUGGCUCAUCAACUCCGUCAAGGUGUACUCGGACGGCUCGUCGAGCAAGCGCGAUCUUGUUCCCCGACCUUUCAUGGCUUGA